GAUGUAACUGGGGGAAAGGAGGCUGGGAGGGGGCUGGUCUCCCCCAUAGAGCGCAGCAUGAUCGCUCCCGAGCAAAAGGAUGUGUGAGCAGGCAGCGCGCUACUGUAGGGACGGAGUCCACAAACUGCUGAACAAAGAACAAGCCAAACUUCGAGCGCAAGAAAGCCGCGAACAGCCCCAGCUCGUCACCAGUCAGGACAGCGAGCCCGAGACGGCAGCGCAGUCCGGAAACAGCGGCGUCCAGCCCGGUGGAAUUGACGGGCUCGUCCGCUGGAUCGUCACCAAAAUGAGCGACAACAAGAACAUCUCCAGCCGGGAGUACGCCUCCAGCAAGGAGGAGGCGGCCGUGGCUCAGGAGCAGUUCUUCGCCCCGGAACCGCGGAGAGGCAUCUCCGUCAUCCUGGAUAUCUUUAGAAGAGCCGACAAAGAUGAUGAUGGUAAACUCUCGCUGGAUGAGUUCCAGGCUUUCUUCUCUGAUGGCACACUGAACGAGGAGGAGUUGGAGAAGCUGUUCCACACCAUCGACUCUGAUAACACCAGUAAUGUUGACACUAAGGAACUCUGUGACUACUUUGCCAAGCACAUGGGGGACUAUGAGGGAGUUCUGGCCUCACUGGAGACGCUCAACCUUUCCAUCCUCAAAGCCAUGGACUUCACCAAGAAGGUUUAUGAGAGAGGAACAAACGUGGAGCAGUUUGUGACCCGUUUCCUUCUGAAGGAGUCCGCCAAUCAGAUCCAGUCCCUUUUGAACUCUGUGGAAAGUGCUGUGGACGCCAUUGACGAGCAGCACAGCCAGUCCGGUCAUACUCCUGCUAAGACAAGUCCUCGGGUGUCAGAGAAGUGUCAUGACAACGUUGUCCCUGAUUAUCCGCCAAACAACAAAAUCAGUGCCAGGGGAGCUGUCAGGACCAUCAACACUGCCUCAGGUGCUGUGGAGGUAAGGAAAGAGGGUCUGGAUGCUCAAAUCAAUCGCCUGGCUGAACUCAUCGGACGACUGGAGAAUAAAACUGUCUGGUUUGAUCUGCACCAAAGGCUAACAGACACAGACGGCACCACCAGCGCAUCGUUAUUGCUGAUCCGUCAGGAGAUGGUUGUUUCCCAAAAGAAGCUUGGCGAGUUUUGUGAGGCUCUGAAGCAAUACCUGAAGAAUGUUUCCACUCAAAGGGACUGCUUUCAUGUGACUGCGGUGCGUCUACCAGAUGGUUUGUCCUUUGUGGUCUAUGAGUUCUGGGAUGGAGAGGAGGAGUGGAAGAGGCACCUUCAGUCAGGCCCCAACAAAGCCUUUCAGCAUGUGAAAGUGGACACGCUGUGCCAGCCAGAGGCCAUUUCCUCUGUGGCCGUGCCAGCCGCCUGGUGCAGCGUGAACCGGGCUUGAGCAUGAACCACAGCCAACAAGACACCGAGACUCUUGGACGCCACUCCUUUUACCUUUCCUUUGCAUUUCUCCCUCUACCACGUCCCUCGAAAGGUCUUAAAAAUCCAUGUUUACACGGUGCAAAUGAAUGGUGUCUGCGGCAGUGGCCACUGAACAAAGUGCAUUUGACAAUGUGAACAGAAGUACAUUUGCAUCCAACCAUCGUAGUUUGCUGGUCAAUAUUUAGAAUUAUUCUUAUGAGUUGUGUUCUAGCCAGUUGGCGUUUGUCAUGUAGCAUGGACAUCUAUUGAGCUUUUCAUGUAGCAGGUACCUGGGCUACUUUGGAAGGUCUGUUUGGCAAUACAGCAUUGUUUUUAAUCGAUCACAGAAAGCUCAUCCAUGUAGCUUUGACUCUAUAGAAUCUGUUCAUUUCACAUUUGGCCUUGCACACGGAAAUGGUUUGCAAUUUUUGUUGUCAUUCGUAGCCGACCACACAGCCUAUUAUCCAUUUUCCUCACAUAAACUAAACAAGUAAGUAUUUAUUCCCAUAGAAUUUCAGCUCAGACCUUUAUAGAGAUUUUAUGUUCUCACUUUAUUCGCACGGUCCAAAACAUGCAAGUUAGCUUAAUUGAGGACUCUAAAUUGUCUGUAGGUGUGAAUGUGAAUGCCAGUUUGUCUAAAGAGUCCAGUGUCCCACACCUCUCGCCUAAGUCGGCUGGCACAGGCUCCUGCUCACUGGUGACCCUAAUCAAAAUCAGCAGUAGAAAACAAAAAAAAUGUGUGAAAAUUCUAUCAUUUGAUGAAGCGCUAACAUGUGGGGCAGUGUUAGAACUGUAGCUUCAUACCUAAUGAUAAAACAUUAUGUUUCUGUAAUAUUUACAAUAUUAUUGAAAGGGAAAAUCAUGAGAUAUUUCAUUUUAUUUCGCUCAUGGUAUUAGUAAUGACAAAACGCUGGGCCACCUCCAGUGUCUUAAGUCUUGAGAAAAUUCUGGCAGCUGAUCCAAAUUAACAUGGAAAACCCCAAUUUGCUAUACUCACCAAUGAUGAACGAAUCCAGCAGGAGCAAAUAACCUUUGUUUUUAAUAAAUUAGCUUAUUUUACAGACUGUAAGCCGCACACAAAAUUUCACAAGAAAAAUGUUCAUAUUCUAGCCGGACCGGACUAUACUGUAAGCCGCAGAUAUAUACCAGUGCAUUGGGAAAUGAAAUGUGUACGUAGAAAGGUUUUGUAAAUGUUUAUUUACAUAUUUUAAUUUUUAGAAAACGCUGCCUUUUAACACGGCAGUAAAACGGCUGAUCAAACAAAACAGAAACGUCAUUGAUGUCCUUAUUUAUCCUUCAUGAGAUGAAUAAGAUGUUCUCCUUUUUAAUAAGGUUCACAAUGUUUAUUAAGAAUUCUUAUUCUUUGUACUUUGUAAACACUGAGUUUGAACAGUCUGGAAGGUGGAACAUUGUCAUACUUUCUUUCUUUCCUUAAUUCAUUCCAUAAUUUAGCUGCUAGCAAAGAAAAAUUCAUGGAGGAGCCGCACCUUUGUAUAAACUGCAAGGUUCAAAGCUUGGAAAAGAAGUAGCGGCUUAUAAUUACAGUAUUAUUAUCACUUAUGCUGUAAAAGCUGUAAAAUUGCUAUCAGGUGCCAUUAGCACCACCUAUAGCAUUGACAAAGGGCAACCGCUGUUGUUUUUAAUUGGCACUGUAGUUCUGUGUGCACUAUUACUACUACUAAAUAAUGCACAUCUUUGCCAUUCCUUCCCCUCUCACACAAAUCCUCUGGGCUGGAUUUCAGUCCCUCUGACUUGGAGGAUAAGUAGUAAAGAGUAGGGUGCAGUUACACUGGCUUUUAGAACAAUAACAGCUCCCAGCAUGUGCAACUCUUUAAACAUGUUAUUUUGGUCAAGUUACAAAUCUACUAUUAAAUAAAGAAUGCAAUAAACCAUAAUGUUCACUCACACAGUAUUUGUAAAGAGACAUGCAUUGGUGGAUACUACAUUUGUUUUUCUUAAAGUUGGUCGACGAGGCCCACUGACACAGUGGCGAAAUAAAACACUAACAAAACAUUAAGUGUUUUUUUUAGACUAGUAACAACAAUGGCUGACACAACUUCACACACUUCUAACCAUAGGACGGUAAUCUUACUGUCAUAUAAUAAAUAAUAUGGUAUUCAAGGACCGUUAUGAUGAUUACUGCUUUGGAAGAUGAAAGAAAUUAAGAUGUGUGUGAAGCCUCCAUGACAUAACCCAGCACCAGCUACAAAGCAAGACUCCAGUAUUCAUAAACAUGUCUAGUUUACAAAUUUUAAUUGAAUUGGUUGACUUCAGUAUUUCAAUUGUGAGAUGGGUAGAUAUUUGCAGGCGACUUUUACCUUGAAACCUAGAGAGAAGAGAUUAAGAACAUAAGAAUUCACUUUUGGCACUUUUUGUGUCAUACUUGUCUAAAAUAAUGCUGGGUUGCAUAUUUUAGCGUGUAGAGAUUGUACAUAUGGAAAUGGUGUUAUGAUGUAAAUCUUGUCAGUCGUUUCUCUAUCAGUGGCGUGAUAUUGAUAAGUGCUCUAGCCUCUCAUGAAACCUGUGCUCCAUAGCAUCAGAAACUCCGGAAAGACGCACAAAUCAAUGACAUUGAAUAUAAAAGCCUUAACAAUCGCCAGGGUACUUUUUCUUUUAAUAAUGUUCCCAAAAAAUGUGUUCCUCGUAAACAAAAAAAAAAUGUCAAACUGAUUCCCACUGAAACAUUCACUCACACGUUUGACUUCAUGAUACCACACGCUGUAGCAGUCCGGCAAAAAUUGUAUUUCUUCAAAUGGUGGUUUUGGUUAUAUAUUCGGUACACCUAACAAAUAAACACCGCUCCACAAAGGAAUUACUCCAUUUUCCCAUGUGGAGAAUCUAAAAGUACUAUAGGCACACUUCUACCAAGCGGUACUUUUUGGUAUGGUACCCUCUAGGGGUGUCUGGAUCCGAUAUCAGCAAAAAAGACUUGCAUGCAUACUUGCCAACCCUCCCGAUUUUAUCAGGAGACUCCCGAAUUUCAGUGCCCCUCCCGAAAAUCUCCCGGGGCAACAAUUCUCCCGAAUUUCUCCCGAUUUCAAACCGGACAACAAUAGUGGGGGCGUGCCUUAAGAGCACUGCCUUUAGCGUCCGCUUUUCCUCCAUGCAAACAGCGUGCCGGCCCAGUCAGUUAUUAUAUGCGACUUUUACACACACACAAGUGAAUGCAAGGCAUACUUGAUUAACAGCCAUACAGGUCACACUGAGGGUGGCCGUAUAAACAACUUUAAAACUGUUACAAAUAUGCGACACACUGUGAACCCACACCAAACAAGAAUGACAACACAUUUCGGGAGAACAUCUGCACCGUAACACAACAUAAACACAACAGAAAAAAUACCCAGACCCCCUUGCAGCACUAACUCUUCUGGGACGCUACAAUAUACACCCCUCACUACCACCAAACCCUGCCCACCUCAAACCCCCCUCCCAUCUCCCAAAUUCGGAGCGCUCAAGGUUGGCCAGUAUGCUUACAUGUACAAUCUCUGAUACAAGCAGUUCUGCACCGAAACAGCCAGUUAACAUCUAAAAUGUCCUCCAGUCAACACUCAAAGUUGUUCUUUUCAUGUAUUUUAUUGAAAUCAUUUACAAAAGAUAAAUAUUGUAGGCGACAGGCUACUAAGAGCUAACAACUACACGGCCGCUAAGCACAAAAGUAUCCAGUAACAAAUGUGUCCGCAUCAUCAAACUUCCUCUGAUGACCUGAGUUUUAUUAAUUAUUGUGACCAUUGGGUGUUGUCAAAAAACAAACUAUCACUCCACUCCCAGAGCACAAAUCUGUCAAAAGGUUAGUGUUGGGUUUUUGUAAACCUACCAUUGUUCUUGGAGUAAUUUCACUUGCUCAAGUCUUAAACAUUGCACACUAGAAAAAUAAAUGUGCUAAAUAACAUGGGAUUAAUAUCGGUAUUGACCAAUACCGUUUUUGUGACGGAACUCUCCUGAAGGAAUCAAUAAAGUACUAUCUAUCUACUAUGGGUUCCAAUAUCAGUAUCAUAUAGGAAGUAAAAAAGUUAUAUUUGGACACCCCUAAUAUCCUCCACUUAGUGUGUUUCCACAACAAGUGUUAAGCUGACAUAUGUAAAUGGCUUCAAAAUGCUGCCUGUCAGCUUUUAUUUUUGCUCAUUGGGGUUUUAGUGAUGAAACUAAGGAAAAAAUCUUUAUCAUAUGUCACCUUUUUCAUUAAAAUCAUAUUUUCAACCUUAUUAAAAUGCCUCAAACAUAAUUCAUAAAUGGCUUACUACUUUGAAGCGAUAAACCGUAGCUUGUUUUUUGAGCAUUAUUGUUGUCGUGCUGGUCACGCAGGUUGCAAAAAUAUGUGAGGAAGUAAGUUGUCGUUCCACUGCACUACAUUAUUAAUAGGACAGCAAAUAGGGAGGACAAGUAGAUAGGGACGGUAAAUGUAGGGCAGUUACACUUUCCCAUUUUAAUUGGCAGCAACAAUCCCGUGACGUUAAUGGCUGGUGAGGCAUUGAUUCCUUCGGAGGCAGAUUUACCUGAACCCCCACCCACCCCUGCUCUUCAGGGGAUUUUCCCCUGAAAAGGAGAGAAAC